AUGUCUUCUCAGGUCGACAGCCGCAGCCAAUCCGCCGGGAAGCGCGCGCGCACCGACGGCAGCCGGCGUGAGGACGACUGGGUUUGCCCCAGCUGCAAGAACGUCAACUUCGCCUUCCGCACCACUUGCAACAUGCGCAACUGCAACCAGUCCAGGCCAGCAGACCACACGGCCAUGCAGAAGCCUAUGCAGACCCCACCUCACUAUCCCACGUCAGGGGGUUACAUGGGCCCAGGGACGCCACCGUCGAUGUACCUUGGUGGGGGCGCUCCCCCAUAUGGCUCCUCAAUGUUUAACGGGCCUGCAAUGCCGCGCUAUGGUAUCCCACAGUUCCCUGGGGGUUCUGCGUAUCCAUAUGGAUAUGGUGGUCGCAUACCAAUGGGGAGCCCCUACGGGCCAAUGCAAAUGGCCGGGCCAACUCCAUACUCUGGUGGAUCUAUGAUGGGAGCAGGUGGAAUGUAUGGAAUGCCCAUGGAUAGGUAUGGGCCAGUACCUGCUGGUCCUGGUCCAAUGGGCACAAGGGCUGGCUCAUAUUCUGAUGAAGGUUCUCAGAAGAAGCCUGCAGGAGCUGGCCGUGAUAAUGAUUGGGAGUGUCCAAAUUGCCACAACAUCAACUUUGGCUUUCGCACAGUCUGUAAUAUGAGAAAGUGCAACACACCUAGACCUGAAAACCAGGGAUCUAAGUCCGAUGGUUUAAGAGGCUCAAAACCAAAGAUGCCAGAGGGCAGUUGGAAGUGUGAGCAGUGCAAUAACAUAAACUAUCCUUUCCGAACAAAGUGCAAUCGUCCUCAAUGUGGAGCAGAAAAGCCAUCACAGACAAACAAUGUAAAUGAUUCAGUGACAGAUCAGGACAAUCAGCUGUUCAAGUAUCACCAUUCAGUAUUUUGGUUAGAAGAGAUGCUCCUUGGUGAAAGUGAUGUGCAUCUCAUUGUGCAGUGCUUUUAUCAAAGCUACGACUUCUGCAUGAAUGUCAAGACAGCAGUGAGCAGACAGAUGGAUCUUCCUUGUCCUACUGCCGGAGUACCAACAUUGCUGAUGGCAGCACUCAGUGAAUGA